AUGGGUGCGCUUUGUUCCCGGCCGUUCGGGCGCGGCGCGCAUCAGUGCAGUGUCGUCGUCCCAUUUGUUCCGGCUGAGAAGCUCGACGCCGUCGAGGCAGAACCCAGUUUGCCGCGACACAGCGCUAAAAGCGAGAAAGUCGUGUCGUUUGAAGGUUAUGUUGGAUGAAGUUUGAUUGUGAGUAUUUGAUUUUCUUGAUAAGAGUAAGAAAAAGAAGGUGAUACCGCAGUUUUAGCAUCAGAUAAACAACAUGCACAUCUCCCGACUCUGUAUGUCUAAUUCCCAGACGCUCCACGCAAUCUAGCUCAAGGCACCACAUUGCUGGAGGAUGUCGAUCGUUUGCAGGCUUUGUCCGGGAACCUGAUGCAAGAUCGGAGUCUUGCCAGCCAGGUCAUCAGGGGUUCAUCUCUUGUGCUUUCCCAUGGUGUCGGUGUGGAAAAACAGUCACAACAAGUAGUAGAGGAGACCACUGCUGAGAAUGAGACUCAGGAACCAGUAGAAGAGGAGAACGUGGUUGGGCACGACGAGUCUUAUGAGGAGAGAGUCGUCCAAGUAGUUCAGAAGGACGAAGCGAUCGACGUGAAGGAUCAAGAUGAGGGUGAAGUGAAGGAUCGAGAUGAGGAGGAAGUGGUACUAGUAGAGCAAGUAGGACAUGAGAAUAAUUAAGGCUCAACUUUCAAUGGUCACUGGGGUUCGUUGACCACUGAGAUCGAGGAGGCGACCCCUUGAGGAAAGAUGGGGGGAAAACGAAGGGAAAGGGGAGAGCUUUGAAGGGGGUCGCUUCCGUUCAGCUUCAGUGACCACUGAGUACUGAGCUUUAAGAGAAGGCUGAAGAAGAAGGAAUUGUCGUCGACAAGGUUGGGGAAGUCGCAGUAGUUGUCAACCACGACAAGGAGGAAGUGGAACAACAGGCGAUGGAGAAAGAGGAACAUCAAGAACAGACACUUUAUCAUGAGAAGCUGGAACACCCAGAUGAAGCCGUACGACGAGAACAAGAUGAUGACGUUGAAGAAGAAGAGCAAGAUGACAAUAAACAACCAUCGCGACAGGAUUCUCUCGCCCUACCAGAGAGCAUUCUAGAUGAUCCGGCAUCGGAAAGCAGCCCCAAACGUGGCGAAGCCGCGCCAAGACAUACCGAUCGGGAAUACGAGACACUCAGUGCAGCUGCCGCAGCUCCUGCAGUAAAGGAAGAAAAUGUUCAGAAUGAUGCAAACAAUCAACAAACAUCAAAUGCAGGAGCUCGGGUCAUCAACAAUAAAGACAGCAUCUCUCAGGUCAUCGAGAACAGCAUCAUAGACGACGUCAUCCGCAUCGCAACUACGACGACUAACGGUCUUGUCACUGAAGAAGUUGUGGUAGGGGAGAAACUAGAAGGUCAAGCAACUACGUCAGGCGCCGUUGCGGGGAUCGCUAUCGCUUCUUCAGCGGAACCAGAAGAUCUUCAGGUGAGUUCCGCUAUUGUGGAAGACUCGCAUCAACAUCAUCAAGUACAACCCGAAGUAGAUGAGAAAACAGUAGUAGCCGCAGCACUGAGUGCUAUCUAUAAAGCUGCUACUCGCGGCGGUUUUCUACAACCUGUUUCUGUUGGACAAGAAGAGAACAAAGGUCUAGCUCAGUUGACUGCAGAGAAUCAAGUACUACCUAUUCAUCAACCUCAGGAAGACUGUCUGGAGAAACUCGAAUCCGAUGAGAUUGCUCCUUCAGCCGCACCACUGAUUUCCGAGCUUCCGAUGCCAGAUGAUGCGAUCUUCGUUCGCUCUACUUCAUGUACUUCUUUAAAUUUGCAGCUCUUUCUGGAACCAAAAUGUGAAAGAACUUGAACGUCAGCAUUGCUCCAUACGGGGAGUUUUUAUUCUGUUCCUCAAGGAACUCAAGGCACCUUCAUCUAGCAACUGGGUAUUCAAUUUCCCUAUCGUUAUCUCAACCUCUAGGUUCAGGAGCAGACAAUGAAAUCGAUGUGGAACAAAAUUUUCGCACUUUGCCGGAAUGCAGUAUUGAAUUGCCUCAAACAGAGGACUACGUCCGACAGAUGCUGCGCAGAUUUGACCAGCCCAACGAAGCAACCAGUGUCUUGAGUCGCUGCUAUGACGCUGCUAUUCUGCAACUGCCGAACCAGAUUGCGGACGAGGAAAUGGGAGAGCAAUGA